UAGAUAAACUAGAUGUGAAAACGUCGUUAAAGCUUGUGUGCGUUUAAACGUAUAUGUCCGAUAUGACUGCCUAACUGGGUGUAGUUACACCAAAUAAACAAAUCAGUUUGUACUCUGGAUUUUAUGGAUACACCGUCUCCAACAUGACAGCUGAACUUGCAAACCGUUCAUAAAUUCAAACGUUGAUGCGCUGUGGUUUCCCUUUUGCUGAUCGUAGCUAGCUAUAUCUAUGUCUACGUCGGGAUCGUGGUCUAGCGCUGUGAAGAUACGCUCGCUGCGUCCAGUUCUGUGACAACUAAAGGGAGAAACCCAGAAACCGGAGAUUCGAUGCCGUAUCUCACUAAUAACUCUGUGUGCUUUGGUAAGAAGGGGGAUCUGUGAACGCGACAACCAGGGAUCAGUCUUUACAGGCCAAAGGGAAGCGACAUAGAUUCCAUUGUAAAUGUAUCAGAAGCCGGGAGCCCAGCAUGAAGAAAGCAAGCAGGCCGGUGGCCGGUAAGACCCAGGGCGCAGAGCGGGGGAAGACAGAGGGCGGAGUCACAGGCACGGCUGGCAAGACAUCUGCUAAAACCUCCACCACAGCAUCCCUGCCCAAGGUAAAAAGCAAUGAUGAUCUGCUAGCAGCGAUGGCAGGAGGCGCUCCGACCAGCAACAGCACAGUCACCAAGGGCAAGAAGAGCAGUUCUGCCCACCAGGCCUCGGCGAUGACCACAAGCUCGAACUCAGACGGCAAGGCCAAGACCAGCUCGGGUUCCUCAGCCAAACGCGGGGUGUCCCUGACAUCCAAGGAAGCUAGCUCCUCUAGGGACCGCCUGCGGAACUCCAGAACAGCGGCUGGCAAGAAGGUCUCGACGACGGGGCCGGGGCUGGCCGACGCCGCUCAGCCCAAACGCUCCCGCAGCCGGGCUCUGGCCGAGUCCGAUGCCCGCAUGAGCAAGUCCAAGUCGGACGGGCAGAUCAGCGACAAGGUGGCCCUGGAGGCCAAGGUGAAGGACCUGCUGGGCCUGGCCAAGAGCAAGGACGUGGAGAUCCUGCACCUGCGCAGCGAGCUGCGGGACAUGCGGGCGCAGCUGGGCCUCGGGGGCGAGGACGACACCCCCGAGGACGACAAGCCCCAGGAGAAGGAGCCCACCGCCAUCAGCGCCGCCGACGUGGAGUCCACCCUGCUCCUCCUGCAGGACCAGAACCACAGCAUCCGCGAGGAGCUCAACCUGCUGAAGAACGAGAACCGCAUGCUGAAGGACCGGCUCAACGCCCUGGGCUUCUCCCUGGAGCAGCGGCUGGACGGUUCCGACAAGAUGUUCUGCUACCAGUCCCCGAGCCCCGACCCGGCGAUGGGCAACGGCAGCGGAGGCGGGGUCGGGGGCGGAGCCUCCUCCGCGGAGGGCUCGGCCCCGGGCUCCAUGGAGGACCUGCUGGCGGAGCACCAGCGCAGCAGCUCGGUGGACAACCUGGACAGCGAGUCCAGCGAGGUCUACCAGCCCGUCACCUCCAGCGACGACGCCCUGGACGCCCCCUCGGGCUCGUCCUCGUCCUCGGAGUCGGAAGGCGCCCCGCCCAGCCGGGACCGCUCCCGCAAGGGCAGCAGCGGCAACACCAGCGAGGUGUCGGUGGCCUGCCUGACCGAGCGCAUCCACCAGAUGGAGGAGAACCAGCACAGCACGGCCGAGGAGCUGCAGGCCACCCUGCAGGAGCUGGCCGACCUGCAGCAGAUCACCCAGGAGCUGAACGGCGAGAACGAGCGCCUGGGCGAGGAGAAGGCCAUCCUCAUGGACUCGCUGUGCCAGCAGAGCGACAAGCUGGAGCACUACGGGCGGCAGAUCGAGUACUUCCGCUCGCUGCUGGACGAGCACCACGUGGCCUACGUCAUCGACGAGGACAUCAAGAGCGGGCGCUACAUGGAGCUGGAGCAGCGCUACGUGGACCUGGCGGAUAACGCCCGCUUCGAGCGCGAGCAGCUCCUGGGCGUGCAGCAGCACCUCAGCAACACGCUCAAGAUGGCCGAGCAGGACAACAAGGAGGCACAGGAGAUCAUCUGCGCUCUGAAGGAGCGCAACCAUCACAUGGACCGCAUCGUGGACUCGGAGCGGCAGGACAAGGCGGCCAUGGGGGCGGCGCUGGAGGAGUACAAGGCGGCGGUGAACGGCGAGCAGGCCGAGCUCAGCCGCUGCCGCGCCCAGCUGGAGCAGGAGCGGCAGAAGGUGGCCGAGCUCUACUCCAUACACAACUCGGGCGACAAGAACGACAUCCGCGAGCUGCUGGAGAGCGUGCGGCUGGACAAGGAGCAGGCCGAGGGCCGGGCGGCCAAGCUGCAGGAGGAGCUGGGCCACACCCGCAACGAGGCCGCGCGGCUGCAGGACACGCUCGACAAGCUCGAUGCAGAGUACCGGGACUUUCGAGAGGACGUGCAGAAGCAGAUCUCCGAACAGAAGCGCAUGAUCGACAAGCAGCAGGUGGAGCUGGAGGAGAAGGAGACCGAGAUCGGAGACAUGAAGGAGACCAUCUUUGAGCUGGAGGACGAGGUGGAACAGCACCGCGCCGUCAAGCUCCACGACAACCUCAUCAUCUCUGACCUGGAGAACUCUGUAAAAAAGCUACAGGACCAAAAACAUGACAUGGAGCGGGAGAUUAAGAUUCUUCAUCGUAGACUGCGGGAGGAGUCGGCCGAGUGGCGGCAGUUCCAGGCCGACCUGCAGACGGCCGUGGUCAUCGCCAACGACAUCAAAUCCGAGGCGCAGGAGGAGAUCGGGGACCUGCGCCGGCGUCUGCAGGAGGCCCUGGAGAAGAACGAGAAGCUCGGCAAGGAGCUGGACGAGGUCAAAAACCGCAAGCAGGAUGAGGAGCGGGGCCGGGUGUAUAACUACAUGAACGCGGUGGAGAGGGACCUGGCCGCCCUCCGGCAGGGCAUGGGGCUCAGCCGCCGCUCCUCCACCUCCUCCGAGCCCUCGCCCACCGUCAAGACCCUCAUCAAGUCCUUUGACAGCGCAUCACAAGACGCUCUGCCGGCAGGUUCCGUCCCGAGCGCCCCGCCCGCUGCCGCCGCCACCACCCCUGCCACCGCGCUGCCCCGGACGCCCCUGAGCCCCAGCCCCCUGAAGACCCCGCCCGCCGCCGCCGUCUCGCCCAUACAGCGGCACUCUAUCAGCGGACCCAUUUCAACCCCCAAAAGCCUCUCCUCUCUCAGCGACAAGAGGCCCAGCUACACUGAAAUCAACAUGCCAGCAGAGCACCUCCUGCGGGGGUCGCCUGGGAGCCGGCCUGGCUCUGCGCUGCAGAGGGUCUCCAACAUGGACGCCUCCAAGGCCAUCUCAGUGUCCCGCAGGAGCAGCGAGGAGGUGAAGCGGGACAUCUCCGCCUCGGAGGGCAGCGGCUCCGCCUCGCUCAUGGCCAUGGGCUCCGCCUCGCCCCAGCUGUCCCUGUCCUCCUCCUCCCCCACGGCGUCCGUCACCCCCACCGCACGCAGCCGGCUCCGGGAGGAGCGGAAGGACCCUCUGUCAGCACUGGCCCGGGAAUACGGGGGUUCCAAGAGGAACGCACUGCUCAAAUGGUGCCAGAAGAAGACGGAGGGGUACCAGAACAUUGACAUAACCAACUUCAGCAGCAGCUGGAACGAUGGGCUGGCUUUCUGCGCCGUCCUGCACACCUACCUGCCCGCCCACAUUCCCUAUCAGGAGCUCAACAGCCAGGACAAGAGACGGAAUUUUACACUAGCCUUCCAGGCAGCGGAGAGUGUGGGGAUCAAGUCCACAUUGGACAUUAAUGAGAUGGUGCGGACGGAGAGACCGGAUUGGCAGAGCGUGAUGACCUACGUCACGGCCAUCUACAAGUACUUUGAGACCUGACCCCACCGGCCACCCAACCAAACCAGCCCUACAGCUUAACCCUACGCCAGAUCCCCCUUUCCACAGCCAGCCAAUGGUGUCAUUCGAUCAGUACGACAACACUAAAUGCCCCCGCCCCCCUCCACACUCAUUCCUGCUCGCACACACAUGUAUUCACAUGCACACAGACUUUGCAGUGCUUUGAUUACUGUGCACUGUUAGUAUGCUUCUUGGCUCUACCAGUUAAUGCUCUCAAGGGAGGAGAAUGGAGUGAGCUUGGAUGGGUUUUAUUAUUUUAUUUUUUUAAUGUUCAUAGUUGGCUGUUCCUCCCCUAUGACACAUUUGUGUGAAGUCCCCUUGGCCAGUCUCCUUCAUAGCUGGGCGGUUUUGGCGGGGUCCUCGAACUAUCAAGCCUAACUCCGGCGCCAUUUCAGCACGGAAGUUCCCACGGUUUGACCCAACCAGCUCCUCAACACCACCAUCUUAUUGGCUGAUGAGCGCAUCGAGGACCAGCCUUCGCCAAUCCAGCUUGCUGCUCCUGCAGAAGCGCCCAACUUCUGUGCCUUUCCCAUGCAAAUAGCUUUGCUUUGCAUUCCGCCCACCCGUACGCUGUCCCCUCACCUCUAUUAUCAAGGAAGCUUUAGCCAAGUAGGACCUGUCAGCUGUCCACUAUAUUAAAUGAUGGAUAUUGUGUGGAGUGGAAAUCUAAAAAUACUGCUUAAGAGCUUCCUGCCUUUUGAAAAGCGCCUUUAUUAGACUUUGAGUGGCUGUGGGCCUCCUCUAUGGCAGACGAAUAAACUGCUUUUGGAACAAUUAACCGUUCCAAAGAGAGGGCUGCCUAAAAGGCUCAUUUCCUUGGUGGAAAAGCUUAUUCUCUUUCAGGGCAUGUUUAAUUUACUGCUUCUGCUGAAGUAGGUGGUUUCCCCUGAGCUGUGAGAGACCCACUUCAAGGUUGGAACCAAGGUGUUCUGGAGUUUAUGAGGAAUAUUUUCAGAGAGUGAACUGGGCCAAAAGCUUUGUGUAGGGGGGGAAAAAAGGGUGUUGGGGAUGGGGGAGUAGACCAGUCAUAGUCGUAAGCUUUCAGGAGGUAAUCUGUUGAGACGUUAACAGUUCGCAGUGUUUUGAUUUAUCCACCAGUGUUGUGUGUGACAGUAGUUUUUUAAAUAACUCAGACUAAAAACAGAAUAGGUGUUUGUUUUUUUUUGUUUUUUUGCCCUCAUGAUAUCAUAAAAGCUUGUUGUUUUCAUGUCUAAUACCAAAAAAAUAAUAGGAGUCUGCUCUCAGAUGUCAUGAAAAGGAGGGUUUGAUAAGCUGAACAGUACCACCUCAAAUCCACAUUAUGCCCAGAAGCUUGGUAAAGCUGUGGCUAGCUGGCAUUUUUGGUCUCAGGGUUGGAAAUUUUGAACUUUAGGAUCACAGUAACCAUCACUGCAUUCAGCGUUGAGAAUACUGGUGGUCGGAUUCAAACUGUCGGGACUAGAGGACAGAGCAUGGUACCUUCUAGCGUUUAGCGAAAACUGAAAAACCCGUCACGCGCGGUUUAUUUGAGCUGCCACUUGAAACAUCUGCAGUGCAUUAUCGAAGCACAUUUUAUAUGCUUUUGGUUUCUGAAAAGUUCCAAGCACAAAACAAAGUGAAAUUAUCAACUGCACGUUCUUUGCUGUUGACCUACCUGCUGUUCCUUAGACUCCACCUUUGAGAAUUUACCGCAUUUUGAUGCCUUGUGCAAACAAUCUUUUGUAAAGCUAAUGAAGCCAAACUACUGAAAUCUCUAUUCAGAUUGUGUCUGAGUAAGAUAGCAGAUGACUUAUAUGUGACUUUCAUAAUUGUUUCACACGGUCCUCUGAGAGUUUUCAGUGUUCUAUUGAAAGAAGCUCUCCUUUUCCAAAUUGUCAUAUUUAGUUAAUUGCUUGUAUAAUUGUAGCCACAUUUUCUGGAGUAGAUAAAUUUCAGUAACCCCAGAGCCAAACUUGAGUUGUCACCUUGUUGAUCUAAUUGGAGAAAUGGGGUCCUUCAUCACCAUCUGCCAUUUGUAUCAGAAUCUCUCCAUGAAUUGAGUGUGUUUAUAGUUCACCAGUGGUGCAUCCACGCCAAGGAAAUGUACCACAAUGUUUCCUAUAGAUUAGUUCUGUGGUAAAAUAUCUUGCGUUGACAACCUGGUGAUUGGAUGACAGUGGAUUGUGUUAUAUUGCAAACCCAGUGAAGCUGUUCAGAGAUCAGAACCCUACCUAGUGUGCCUUUAAAAUGCCUUUGAACCUUACGAUAGACUUUUCCAUUGACAUAUCUGUUUUGUUAACGAUGGUGACUUGGUUCAGUUCCACGGACACCAGGAUCCAUUCACAGCAUUAGUGUAAGGGUGUUUAUAAGCUUAUGAUUUAAGAAAAGAAGUGCUGAAAAAACUGAAAUAUUAGUUUGGAGUGCAUGGUUAAAGACAUAAGGGAAUGAUUGUGUGUCAUGGUGUGAGAAUUUGUGUGGUGUUAGCAGUUGGCUCUUCAAUCUUGAUCUAUUCCCAGUGUGAUGUGUAAUAGACAAAAAUGAGCUUUGGAGUCUCAGUCUUACCUCUCAGUUAAAAAAAGACACAAAACGAUCACAUAAAAAUGACCUUCAGUUUUCAGCAUUUUUUUUCCUUUUAAUAUAAUGUGUACGUCUUGGCCUUGUUGUGAUUUUCUCAUAUGUCUUGGAGAGGCGUGGGGUUUUUUUGUUUGUUGUUUUUUUUAAUAUUCUGAAAAAUGCCUCUGUAAUUAUAAGAUUAAUUACAUUUUAUUUGUCUAAUUUUUUACUGAUAUUUUUUGCAACAUCACUACAAUUACCAAAUAAUAAUAGAAUAGUGUAAUAAUUGCUUUAGCUUUAAUUUUGCUUAAAAGUUCAUUAAGAAUUUGGAAUCACCCAGCUGGAAUGGUCUUUUUAAUGCUUUCAUUUAUUUAUUUCCAAUGAAGAAUAACAGAUUAUAUAAUUUAAUCAUUAUAUGGUUCAAAAAGGCUGAAGUAAUAAUAAAUCCAGCACAUUUCAGACAUCCUGUAACAUCUGACCUGGAGACGAAACCUCUAGAGUAUGCAUAGCACAAUAUUAGUACUUUUCCGUGUUUGAGGUAAAGGAGAAUGCUGAUGUAUGAAGUAUGGCAUUUGAAUGGGUAUAAAGACAUUUUUUUCAUGCCAGAAUAAUGCAAUGUUUGUGGCAGCCCCGGUGGCCCGCAUCAUGUGUGUUUGAGCUGCACCGCGGAGCAGAAAUGACAUUAUACGUCUACAUAUCCCUUUCCAGGUCAUGCUCAUCCCUAAAGCUAUGACGUGACUUUCCCGCUUGCCUCUGUGAUCUCUUGGUUCCUUUCCUGCAGAAGGGCUUUUAUCAAACACUCUGCGGUUGCCUGGUGACAACCACAGAAGAGGUUCGGACCGAUGGUUCUUUCUCUUCCCUCCUGCCGCUUAUGUUUGUUUUUGUGCAUCAAAGGAGCCAGGACUGGACACUGCAUCGCUGCCUUACUAGCUCUGAUGGCUCUGGCCUCUCCUGCAGAAAGCAUGUGUGCCGUUUCGCACCCUCUGAACUUGGCUCCUUCUGGGGUGAAGAUGUGCAGAGGACAGGACUAAGAAGCACACACUCACCUCCUGACUGCCUGCCAAGCUACAUUCCCAUCAGCUGUUCAGGAGGUGGAAUCUGCUUGGCCUUGCACAAUUAAUGAGGAAAUAUACGCUGGGAUACGUUCUUUUGUCUUUUUGUUUUGUAUUUUGUUUGUUUUUUCAUUGAGACAUAAUGGCAGCUCUGUUGAGCUGCAGCAGGAGGUGGACAGUGUGGCUUUGCCAGUGAGACUUGAUGGUCUGCGGCUCCUAUUUGGCCGCACAUGGCCGUGUACGUUGUUCCCGUGGGGAAUGUCCCCCGCCGCAACCCCUGGACCAGCGGAAUGGAAAUGUGCUGAGGCCAUGUCAGCGCUUACCAUCACUGUGUGUUUAUCAUGUCCGUUGUCAUAACACUCAACGCUCUUGCCUUCUACCCGGUGGGACCACAGUGGGUCCGAAAAAUCAAAAGCGCAUCUAAAAGCGAUUACCCUCCGAAGCCACCCGGCUACAUCACCCCGGCUGAAUACUACACGUGAUCAUAGAAAGACUUUUUUUUUUUGUUGUUGUUUUUAUUUUUUUGUUUUAAACAUUUGGCAGCGGCAGUUUUGGUCUGGCACAGGCUUUGUUCUGCGAGCAGGGAGCGCACGCACGGGGUUAUUGUACUACAGGGAGAAUGCGCCGUUGGCAUUCGGUGUGGAAAAUGAGCAAAUGCGCUCUGAUGGAGGAAUGUAGGGCAGAGAUCAUCUUGAAAUGAUAACCCUUCAAAAAAAAAAAAAAUGUGUGAAUCGUAUGGAUUUCGGUAUCCAGGCAAACUGACUACUCGGGGAACCCGGAUGAAUUGACUUUUUUUUAAACGUCUCGCCUGACAGUAAAACCAGCUGACUGUUAAAGUCAGAAAGCUCAUGGUGGGGAGGGGCGGGAAACGCAAUUAUGACCUUCUGUUCUCACUCUCCCAAUGUAACAUUGUGAAUGUAUAAGAAAACGUAAAGCUUUUUUUCAGUUCACUACAUUGUGUUAUUCUGUGUUGUAAAGGCAUGAGUAUGACUGCAAAUAGACUGUUUAAAUUAUGUAUUGCCAUUUGUAUUUUAUUUUUACUCAUAAUACUUAUGAAUCCAUACUUUUGUUCUUUCUGUUAUUUUAAGCCUCUAAUGGUUCAAAAAGGAAAAGUGAACUUUAAUUAGCCUUUUGUUUGUCUAUUAUCAUUUUAAUUAAAAAAUGAAUGAGAUACAAA